AUUUUCUUUUUCUUUUCUUUGUUUUGAUAAUUGAGGGGAUGAAGGUAAAUAAUUUAUUCAAUUCUUGGUGGUUCAUUUUUCAUUCAAAAUUGAUACCUGAAGUCACAAAGUCCAGCGACAACCGACAACGGAGACUGACAGAAAAUGGCAGCAAACACCGGAAAGCUAGCAGGUAAAACCUUAUUCAUCACUGGAGCAAGUAGAGGAAUAGGGAAAAGUAUAGCCUUAAAGGCAGCAAAAGAUGGAGCUAAUAUUGUUAUAGCGGCUAAAACUGCAACACCUCACCCUAAACUACCUGGUACCAUAUAUACAGCAGCACAAGAGGUUGAAGCUUUAGGUGGAAAGUGCCUGCCAUGUAUAGUUGAUAUCCGUGAAGAAAAAGAGGUAGAGAAAGCUGUAGAAGAAACUGUUGCCAAGUUUGGAGGUAUAGACAUACUAGUGAACAAUGCUAGUGCAAUCAGUCUUACAGGAACUAUGGCUACACCAAUGAAAAAAUAUGACCUCAUGAUGGGUGUGAAUGGGAGAGGCACAUACUUAUGUUCAAGAGCAUGUCUACCAUAUUUGAAGAAAAGUUCUCAUGGUCAUAUACUGAACAUAAGUCCACCAUUAAACAUGGAUAAAAAAUGGUUUAGAGGACAUGUAGCUUAUACAAUGGCCAAAUAUGGUAUGUCUAUGUGUGUACUUGGAAUGUCAGAGGAAUUGAAGGAUGAUGGUAUAGCUGUAAAUGCACUCUGGCCUAGAACAGCUAUAUAUACAGCAGCAAUGGAGAUGAUUGGGGGAGGGUCAGAGGUCGCUGAUCAGUGUCGUAAGCCAGAAAUCAUGUCUGAUGCUGCAUAUGUGAUGCUGACAAAAGAUACGAGCUAUACGGGCAACUUUGCUAUUGAUGAUGAGGUCCUCAUUAAAGCUGGUAUAACUGACAUGGACCAAUAUGCCUGGAGUCCUGGUAAACCACUGUUGCCUGACUUUUUCCUGGAGGAAGACCCUGAGUAUUUGCGACAAAAGAUAGUAGAGCAGGGUGGAAAGCCAGCAUUUGGUGGUGAAAACAAGGCGGCACAAGGUGGUGCUACUGUACAAGUGUUCAAACAGUUGGAAAAUUUGAUGAACGAAGACUUGGUGAAAAGUGUAGGCGGUGUGUUCAAGUUUGAUUUGAAAG